AUGGGAUCAUCUUUUCACAUCAACCGAACACAAAACCACCUCAAGUGGUCUAAGACAGUCCCACCUGCAUUGACUGUCGACUCUGGGGCGACCGUGAGCUUCGACACUAUCGAUGGAAGUGGUGGCCAAAUUACCCAAAACUCAACGUCUGCCGAUGUCUACAACUUCAAGGUCGAAUUAGCAGAUCCAGUAUUUGGCCCUAUCUAUGUCAAUGGAGCCGAGCCCGGCGAUGCGUUGGAGAUCGAAGUCUUAGACUUGGAAACCGCAGACUGGGGUUGGACUGCCAUUGUACCCAAAUUCGGUCUGCUUUCCGAUGAGUUCCCGGACGCGGAGCUCAAAAUAUGGGAGUUGUCCAAGUUCGAGGACAGACCCUAUGCGCUGUUCAAGGAAGGGAUUCGCAUUCCUACGCGACCAUUCCUGGGCGAAAUGGGAGUGGCCCCCGGUGCGGACGGUGAAUUUUCGACCAUUCCUCCUCUCGACACUGGCGGAAACAUCGAUUGCCGCCACCUCACAGUCGGCUCGAAGCUUUACUUACCUGUUCAGACACCAGGGGCGCUGUUCAGCUGCGGUGACGGUCAUUCGGCGCAGGGUGACGGCGAGAUCUGCGGAUCAGCCAUCGAAACUCCAAUGCGCGCGACUCUUCGUUUCACGGUGCGCAAGAACCAUGACUGGGUUACAUCGCCUCACUAUUUCUCUCCGCCUUCAGCAAUCAUACCUGGCUUUGAAGAUCGCGGAUGCUAUGCUGCUCUGGGCAUUGACUCAGACUUGCACGAGGCCACACGCAAAGCUGUCCGCGGCAUCAUCAACUACCUGACAGGAACGAAAGACCUGACUCGGACUGAAGCAUAUAUGCUGGCGAGUGUGGCAGUUGACCUCAAACUUGCCGAAGUGGUCGACAUGCCUAACUUUGCCGUGUCAGCCAGUGUUCCAUUGAACAUCUUCCAUGCGACCUAG